AUGCCCAAGGCUGCUCGCAGGGACCACAGCGCCCUUCAGAUUCCAUGUGGGUACUUGAAAUGUAAACACUACUUCAAGACUCAGGCAGGGCGCAAAAAGCAUUGGAAUGCUUCGCACCCAACAUUCAUAUCAGCUCCUACCACCAGCGUCUCGCAUACUGCUACAGUCGAAGAUGAGCCCAAAGAACCACACAACGACUUCCUCACAGGACAUGAUGACUUCUCCGCAGGCUUAUCUGACGCGGGUCAGGCUCUCGAUGAGCCUGACAACCUGGACACACAGUUUGUGGGGCCAGGUGAUAGAUUAUACCGCAACUAUCACCCAAAACUAAACGCUCGUCCUUGUGAUGCGACAGGUCAAUUCCUUGAAGACGGAGCAUCCCCAACGCCACCUCCAAGCAAAUCGCCUGAUGACUGGACUCCAUACCGGGAUCGCGUCAAAUUCGAGACUGCCGAAUUCCUGUACACGCGCAACCAGAUGUCUGCCGGGGACAUCAACGUCUUAUUGGAUCUUUGGGCUGCAACCCUCCUGAAACAUAACGACAAACCACCGUUUGCGGACUGCCGUGAUCUACAUAAAACCAUUGACAGUACACCAGUGGGUGAUGUCAAAUGGCAAUCUUUCAGGGUCCAGUACACGGGGGAGAAGCCGGAACACAAUGUACCACUGUGGAUGGGUCAAUCUCACGAUGUUUGGUAUCGAGACCCCCAUGAGGUUGUUCGAAACAUGUUGGCAAACCCUGACUAUGCCACGGAGAUGGACUACCAGCCCUACCGUUGUGUCGUCGUACUGACUCACCGUGAGUUCUCGACUGACGACAAUGAACGCCAAUGGCAGGACUUCAUGUCCGGCGACUGGGCCUGGGACCAAGCGGAUAUUAUUUCCAAAGAUCCGGAUACAACUGGCUCGACCUUUGUUCCGGUUAUACUUGGAAGUGACAAGACGACCGUUUCAGUGGCAACUGGCGCCAACAAUUACUAUCUGCUGUAUGUAUCAAUCGGCAAUGUUCCUAUGCCAAAAACUACGAAGGAGCAUGCCUCCUGCCCGAAAUAUCGGAAAUAUCGCCGGCAACUCUUUCAUUCAUCUAUCUCGAAGAUUCUUGAGAACCUAAGACCCGCCAUGACCAAACCAGAGGUUGUGCGCUUUGGUGACGGGCACUAUCAGCGUGUAAUCUAUGGGCUUGGGCCCUACAUUGCUGAUUAUGAAGAGCAGGUUCUAUUGGCGUGUAUAGUGCGCUCUUGGUGUCCAAGGUGUAUGUCACACCGCAAAAAUUUGGACUCUGAGUCGUUGUGUCGCAAUCGUGACCAUACCGAAGCACUUGUUGAAGAAGUAACAUCUACCGAUCUGUGGGACGAGUAUGGGAUCAUCAAUGACCUCGUCCCAUUUACAAAUGACUUCCCUCGAGCUGAUAUUCAUGAACUUAUCGCACCGGACCUCCUACAUCAAUUGAUUAAAGGGACCUUCAAGGAUCAUUUAGUUGAGUGGGUUGGAAAGUAUCUGCUCCACGUGCAUGGAAAGAAAGGAGCGGAAAAAAUUCAAGAUGAUAUAGAUCGAAGAAUCGCUGCAGUUGCUUCAUUCUCAGGUCUUCAACAUUUUCCACAAGGUCAAGGAUUCAAACAAUGGACCGGCAAUGAUUCAAAAGCGCUUAUGAAGGUUUAUCUACCCGCCAUUGAAGGUCACGUCCCAGUGGAUGUCGUGCGCACAUUUCGUGCAUUUCUUGAAUUCUGCUAUCUCGUACGGCGUAAUAUCAUUACGGAAUCCACACUGGUUCAAAUCCAGGAUGCUCUCAACCGAUUCCAUCAUUACCGGAAGAUCUUUGAGUCCACUGGUGUUGUUCUCACAUUCUCCCUCCCUCGACAACACUCUUGUUCCCAUUACAUCCUCCUGAUCCGACUGUUUGGCGCACCCAAUGGCCUUUGUUCCUCGAUCACCGAGACAAAGCACAUCAAAGCUGUAAAGGAACCAUGGAGGCGCUCAAGUCGCUACAAAGCCCUUGGUCAAAUGCUGGUGACAAACCAGCGCCUUGAUAAACUUGCAGCCUUGCGCAUUUAUUUCAAGAGCCGUGGGAUGCUGAAUGGCACUUGUCUGUCAGAAACACUUCGAGCAUUAAAGCGGUUGCGGUUAAAUACAGAGCCUAAUGCCAACCAGCCCUAUCAACCCAACGAGAAUAGCAUUCUGCUACUCCCCGACCCUGAUAUUACUAUACAGGGCGACAAUGAAGAGGGUGAAGUUAUCGACAGCCCGACAUUGGUGCAGGCCCAUGUUCAGUUGGCAAAAACACCCCAAUGCAAUCGCGCACGAACUGUACCUGACUUAUCUGUGGAACUCACCAUCCCCCAUCUUUACAACCUCCUCCGCCGAUUUCUAUUCAAACAAGUUAACCCAGAUGACCAGCGGUCUCCCUUUGAAGUCCCACUUGCAAGCUGUCCUCGAUUCGAUGGCAAGAUUCAAGUCUUCAACUCCGCAUCUUCGACAUUCUAUGCACCUAGCGACCGCAGCGGGAUUGGUGGCAUGCGCCGUGAGCACAUUCGUGCUUGUCCUCUUUGGAGGAAUGAGGCACCGCGAUAUGACUGCGUGUUUGUGAACACAGAUGCAGGUGUCGAAGGGAUGGGGGGGAUGGAAAUAGCACGAGUGAUGUGUUUUUUCUCUUUGACAUUCGAGGCAGUUUCAUACCCAUGCGCUGUGGUGCGUUGGUUCGACAAAGCCAAUGAUAGGCCCGACGAGGACACUGGGAUGUGGGUAGUGCGACCUUCGUAUGAUGCUGACCAUUCUCCAUCAGUUGGAAUCGUCCACAUUGAUUCUAUUUAUUGCGCUGCACACCUCAUCCCAAUCUAUGGAACACAUACCAUCCCACAGGACUUCAAACACUAUGACUCGUAUGAUGCUUUCAGAGCAUUCUAUAUAAACAAGUUUGCAGAUCAUCAUGCAUUUGAGAUCGCAUCUCAAGUAGGACUGUUUGACUCGGACUCAAAUAAUUACUGA